CUGAUGCCAGAAGCUGCUCCUGGGUCAGCUGUUAAUAUGAGGAGUAAAUCAACAUCUUCAACAUCAUCUGUAUCAUCCGCAUCCUCCUCAUCGUCACGGGAAUGCUGGUCCACUGUCACCAUUCCUGACGACCAACUUACUGUGAUGUUUCCACGGAGACACCCCAGCAUCUUCAACCCACACAGUAACCUGGCCAAGAGCAUCUCCACCAGCAACAUAGCAGGAUUAGAUGAUGUUCCACUGAGGGGCCUCAAGUUUCUGUCUCAGUCCACAGACUCUCUUCAUCAGGGGAGUAAAGUCAACGCCUCGACCGAGUCUCUCACUGAUGAAGGCACUGAGAUGAUGGACAGUCAGCUGAUGGGAGAAUUUGAGUGUGACAUUAAAGAUCUUGAGGCUGACUCCUGGAGCAGCUCAGUGGAUAAGAAGUUCCUGAGAACACUGAAGAAAGAUGAAAUCAAGAGACAAGAUGUCAUCUAUGAGUUGUACCAGACUGAGUUCCACCAUGUGAGGACACUGAAAAUCAUGUCUGAAGUGUACUACAAAGGCCUACAGAGGGAGGUCCAGCUGGAGACUGACACUCUGGACAAGAUCUUCCCCGUCUUGGACGACUUGUUGUAUACACACACAGACUUCCUCACCCGGCUCCUGGAGAUGAAGAGAGCUUCAUCAGCUCCAGGACACAACAACAGCAGCUUCCUCAUCUGCCGCAUUGGGGAUGUCCUGGUCCACCAGUUUUCAGACUGCAGUGCUGAACGUAUGAAGAAGGUUUAUGGGAAGUUCUGCAGUCGUCACAGUGAAGCUGUUAAUCUCUACAAGGACCUGCAGGCCAAAGACAAACGCUUCCAGGCUUUCAUCAAGAGGACAAUGAGCAGCAGCAUUGUGCGGAGGCUCAGUAUCCCAGAGUGCAUUUUGUUGGUGACUCAGAGGAUCACCAAAUACCCUGUUCUGAUCCAGAGAAUCCUGCAGCACACGAAAGACUCAGAUGGAGACCACAGUGGUGUCUGUGAAUCACUGCGCUGUGUGAAGGAGCUGAUCGCAGCUGUGGACAGUAAAGUCAAUGAGCAGGAGAAAAAACGAAGGCUUAGGGAGGUUCACAGUCGCACUGACAGUAAGUCCAUCAUGAGGAUGAAGAGCGGUCAGAUGUUUGCUAAAGAGGACCUGAUUAGGGGGAGGAAGCUGCUGCAUGAUGGAGGGCUGCAGCUGAAGAACUCUGCAGGACGACUCAAAGACGUCCGUGCCCUGCUCCUCUCUGAUGUGUUGGUCUUUCUUCAGGAAAAGGACCAGAAAUAUGUAUUUGCCUCUUUGGACCAGCGCUCCACAGUCAUCUCUCUACAGAAUCUGAUCGUUAGAGAAGUGGCUAACGAGGAGAGAGGUCUCUUCCUGAUCACAGCUGGGACAGAGAGACCAGAGAUGGUGGAGGUGUUGGCCAGCAGCAAGGAGGAGCGCAACACAUGGAGGGCCAUCAUACAGGACACCAUGCACUUCAUGGAGAAAGACGAGGAUGAGGGAGUUCCCAGUGAGACAGAGGAGGACAGGAGGCAGCAGGAGAGCAGAGCAAAGGAGAUCAGAGAGCUUCUGCGGAGGAAAGACGAGCAGAUCAUCUGUUUAUUGGAGGAGAAAGUCCACAUCUUCAGAGAGCUGGGAGACUGCAGUUCCACCACCGAAGACACAAACCCACCCGUCAGGGAACGCAUGUUGUUCAGGGCCACACCUGAUGAUGUCACAAAGGGGGAGCCAAUCAUACAGGAUGCCCUGAGGGAAGUUGAGAGUCUGCACACUUUAGUCAGCAGUGGAGUAGGUGGAGCCAGCUGCAGUGCUCCAGCUGGCCUGACAGGGGGCAGUGUGGGACCAGUUUCUCUGCCCCGCAGAGCUGAGACGUUUGGAGGCUUCGACAGUCAUCAGAUGAACAGCAGCAAGAAUGGAGACAAGGAAGAGGGGGAGGAGUCAUUGGACCUCCGCAGGACUGAGUCCGACAGUGUGUUGAAAAAGGGAGCCACUGCCAGCCUGCAGAUGUUGCUGAAGAGAAACAAUGAACAGGUCCAGCACAGUGUGAUACAUCUCCAUGACCUGCUGAUCUCACUGCAGGCUGUGGUGGUCCAGCAGGAUUCCUUUGUGGAGGACAGGAGACAGGCCCUGAAUGACCGGCUCACCACCAACUCCUCCAGACACUCAUCCUCUUCCUCGCUCUCCUCCUCAUCAUCCUCCCGCCCCUCCUCUCUCAUCGAGCAGGAGAAACACAGGAGUCUGGAGAGACAGCGACAGGAGGCGGCCAGCCUGCAGAAACAGCAGGCUGCGCACCAGGAGGAGAAGAGGAGGAGAGAGAAGGAGUGGGAGAUGAAGGAGAAAGGUCUGGCAGAGCGGGAGGAAAGGCUGAGGGAGGAGGAGGAGGACACCAGAAGGAGGCACCAGGUGCUGCAGGAGGAGAGACAGACGAUGCAGAGGAAGAGAGAAGAGUACCAGAGAGAGCUGGAGAGGCUGAAGGAGGCUCAGAGAAGGCUGGAGAGGGACAUGAAGGCCCUGAGGAGAGACUCUGAGAGACUGGAGGCCAUGGAAACAGACCAGCAGGAGCAGCUUCAGAGGUUCCAACGAACUCCCUCUGCCACCUCUGAAGACUCCACGAGGCUCCAUGGUUCUGGGUCUUUGGAUCUGGAUUCAAAGGAAGCAGCAGAACAGCCAAAAGAGGUGGAGCUCUCAUCUUCUGCCCCAACCAAAGAACCUUUCCUCCGCAUCGGAUCAAAAAGGAUGGGUAAAAACUUCAACCCUUUCUCCUCCUCCUCCUCCUCCUCCUCAAAGCCUUAUGGAGCAGAGAAGGAGUCCCAGCUCCCCACCAGACUGCUGCAGCUGGCCAAACCCAAAGAGAAGAAAGACAAAAAGAAGAAGAUGAAGGGAGGGGAGCAGACUCAGACAGAAAACAAAAUGACAGUGUUGUUGGAUUCCCAGAAUGAUGGAGACAUCUUCUUCUGCUGAAGACCAGGAUGAAGUGCAUGUGAACUUAUGAACCUCCUGCUGGACCUUGCAGAAAACAGGAACAGCCUGUCAGACUGACUGGACCAUUUUCUGAGGAGCCAGCUGGAUUCUCAGGACAACAGACUCACUGACCUGCAUAUGUCCCAGGUAAACAAAAGUAAUGACCAGGUGAUAUCAUGGUGAGCUGAUGAUUCAGUCAGGAGGAUUUUAAUCACCAAACGUGCCCAGAAUACCCCAGGGUCCCACCAGUCCACCACCCCACCACCAGGACCCCACCUUCAAAUCAAAUCUCAUCAACAUUUAAACCUGUCACAAACUUUAGCAUCCUUGAACUUGAACAUCCUGAGGAGCCUUUAACAUCUGCUCUGACGUUCAUCAGUCAACCUGACAAACAGGACACAGGUGGGAAGACAAACCUGGACAUGGUGGACACCACUUCUCACUGUCCACAAUCAAUGACACAUCAUUCACCAGAGAGAUGGAACAGUCCACAGAGUGCUCAGGACCCAGACUGGUCCACAUAGGGCUCAGGACCCAGACUGAUGGUCUGUGGUGCUCAGAGCAGAUGUUUAACAUUGCCGUUGUUAGUUGGUUUUUUAGGUGGACACCUCCCUCAGUCCUGACAUGUUCCAGUCAGUAUGUUAAACAGACUGUGAUAAAUGUGUGAACAGGCAAUUAACCUGAGAGAGUGAUGCUUCAUUUAAGAUCAGUUAUCUCCUGAGAAUUGAAUCGUCAAGUCUUUUCAGUGACUUGUUUCUAAUUAUACAGAAAAUAUGAACGUCCUGUUUAAAUCCAAGUGAAGUUUCAUUUAUUAUCCAGACUUCCUCUUCGUAUACAGUAUAUUGAAUUGUGUCAUGAAUGUGUGUGAAGCCUGUCUUAAGAUACAGUUCACCAGUUUUCACUAUUUACUUCUAAAUGAAUGAAUGAAUGAAUGAAUGAAGUGAACCACCUGAACUCAGCAGCUGUUUCCUGUCACCAGUGUCAGAUGAUGCAGACUAUAAACAGUUUUUGUACAUGACAGAAAGAUGAAGUUUCUGCAGCAGAGCUUGGUCAGAACUCACUGAGCUCAGCACAAAACCAUCUCACCUCCAGGUCCAUUUAUAAGCUCUGCUGGAGCUUUCGACCACAUCAUACAGUCUUCUUCAGUCAUCAACUGUAGAUGUUCAGACUGUGAUUUUUAUGAUAUUUUAUAAGUGAUUUUAACAGAUGUUUGCCUCAUUGUGAUAAAUGAAAAGCGUUUUUAUGAUGUUCAUUUCAUGUUGAUGUUCAUCAAGGCAAGACAAUCACUGAGUUUACAAUCAGUCAAAACAAACAUCAAUCAAUCAAUCAAUCAAUCAAUCAAUCCAUCAGUCAUUACAGAUUCAGAUAUAGUACACUUUUAAUACUCUAAAGUAUCAGAUGGAGCCUGGAGACAUUAUAAAGCUCAGUUGCUCAGAAGCAGGUUCACGUUUUUAAUUCUCCUGUCCUCUGGUCCCCUGGCCCUGGACCCUGGUCACCUGGACCUGGAACUUGGUCCUCAGUAAAGUGCUUCAGUAAAACAGCCUCCUCUUCUCUGAACUGUCAUAGUUUUCAUGUCAGUUUUUUGUUGCUCAACACUUCCUCCAUCUCUUUCACAUUAAAAUCCUUCUUCACUCCACUGAGCAAAAUCUCCUCCCUGUCCCUGAAGGACUUUUAUUUUGAAACAAAGUAGAGCUACUGCUGUUAAAAAAAAUACUGAGGAAAUACACAUUGUAUUGAAUUGACCACGUGUGCCAGUUUAGUUACUGGUAUUUUAACUUGUCUCCCGUUUCUGCUGUCAUUUACCACAGCCAGGUGUCAUCUAGACUCAGACUUUCCGUGCUUUUAUUUUGGAAGAAUAAUCCUUAAUUAAUUAAUGAAUGUUGAGCUAAAUCUUAAUUGAUAUCAGUAUUGUAUUGUCAGACUUCAUUGGAUCCUGAGUGGAAUGAGGGGUGUUGUUCUCCAGAUAAACCUGUUAUGCUGAAUGUAUAUUAAUACCAACCCCUCUUCAGAAUCCUCCCUUAAUCCAGAACCUGGGUCUUUCCUUGCACUCGUCACUGCAGCCCUGCUGACACUCUUAACACACCAACACGCCAAAGGCUCGUAUCCUCGAGACUCGUAUCAUCCCUCUCAUCCAGCCACAGUCAUAACUCUGAUUUACACCACAUUGAUUUUCUCUCUUCUCUGCAGAUAAGCAGAGAGACUAAGGUCUGUGUCGUUUCCUGCCUCUCUGCUCAAGCACAGCAUCCCGUCUCUUAAUUCCCUGCAGCUCCUCCCUGCUCUCACCCUGACUAGUGUGAUUAGCAGCAGUGGUUUGUCCUCCUCAGUCCUCCAGGCCUCCUGAGUCAGAGGCAAACCCUCAGAGGCUGCUUCCUGUGAAAAGAGCAACAUUUCACAUCAUAGCCACUUUCUGAAAAAACCACUGUUUCACAACAGCAGCUACACACAUCUAUAUAUAUAUAUAUAUCACGCAGCCUGAACAGGACUUAAAUAAGAGAACUCUGAUAUUACAGUUCAUUCGCAAAGUUUUCAGACCCCUUGUUGCAGCUUCAUGAUAAAAUAAUCAUCAGUCCACAAUAACAAAAAAAAAAAUUUAGACAUCUUUGUAGAUAUGAGCUGUGCCUCACGUUGUUUCUGAAAAAAUCAGAAAGGGUACAACUGAUGUGGUUUUGGUUCAUGAUGGACUAGACUGCUAACUACCAGUCAGCUGUGGUACAGUUAGUUUCAAAAGUGCCUGAAAUAUCAGCUGUUUACAUCACUGACACAUCAUUGUCUGUCCUCAGCUGCUAAGCUACAUGUAGCAUCAAAGUCAGUUUACAUGUUGUCGUUGGCUAAAGGGGCUUUUCUGAUCUUUUUCUAACCUUUUUCUAACCUUCAAUGAUAAAGAAAUGUUAACAGCUUUCUUCCUUCAGGAAGAAAGCUGAGCAACUGUGAUUCAGUUGGACCAUGGUUUAACCCACAUUUAUGAACAGAAUGGAUUAAACCAGAGAACCACCAAAUUUAAAAUGUCAAAGAUGUUAAAAUACAAACCCUAUUAAUUUAUUACUUUGUUUUUAUUUUGAAGUUCCUACAAUUACAUGGUGUUUGUCACAUACUGUAUGAUGACAUGCUAUUAGUAAAUCAAACUCAUCACUCACCUUGCUCAUCCUUCAGUCUCCUGCAGUUCAAUACAUUAUGAACAUACAUACAUCAGUUUUAGUUCUACAGUACCAAAUCAUAACAGACAUGAUCUCAAGGCUUAACAGAGUCAGGUCAGGACUAAACAAUAUUAUAGAGAAAAACAACUGUUCCACCAUGAAAAACCAAGAGAACCAGGCUCAGGGUGGUGGGUGGCUCAACCAGCUGGUCAGGGGGUCUCUGCGUCCUGGAGUAAAAAUCAGUGACAGUUUGAUCUAAUUUUUAAUGAUUUUAUGAGUAAAUAUAUAUUUAUAUUCAGAACUAGUCUGCAGCACCUCUGAUCCCUCAAACUAAAUAAGCUAAAUUAGAGAUGCAACAUUUGAUCAUAGUUUAAAGGUCUGAAGAGGAAGUUAAAGUUGGCCUUUCUCUAGCCUCUUCCAUAUUGUUUCCCUUCAGUGUGCACUAGUUUUACUAAAACCAUUAUUAAGGAAUCUUACAGUCACAUUGGACCUUACAGUUUCUGCACUGUACAAGCUUCUUGUAUUUGUACUAAAACCAGAAGGUACAAAGUUUAUUUUUCUCUUUUUAUGUACAAAGAAAAAAGGGCAAAGCAACAAAUGCUGUAAAUAUGUUUUAUGUACAAAUUUGAACUUACAAAGUAUUGAUGACUAUGGAUUUUAUUUCAAUGGAUGAUUGAUUUGUUUCAUAAUAAAUAAUAAAGUUUUAUUUAUCUGUCAUCGUCCCAUUUUGGAAAUAAAUAAUAUGCUGUUUGUCAUGUGAUGCGUGUUGGGUGUUUCUUUUGAUGAAGUGGUGAACAACAUGAAGAGCAAAGAAUCAACCAGAGAUCACUUUACAGUGGGGUCCAAAGGUCUGAGACCACUUUACCAUUACUUUUCCUUUAUAAGAAACAAUCGAAUAUCAAUAGGCAGAGUCUUAUUGUUACAAACCGGAGAUUUUGCCUAUGCUCUCCAGUUGCCUGGUGUCCAUUCGUAGAUCUUCUGGAGCUGCCCCUUUGACCCCAUGGUCUGGUUGUGUAUGUAUGUACAUAAAUAAUAUAUAUGGGUUUUGGGUUUACAGUUUUGAGAAAAGCAUGGAAGGUUUCAAAAGAUAUGUUUUAGGAAUUGUGAAAAAGCUGUAACCAAACACAACUCCUGACAUCUGACGUUGUUUUAAAUGUGCUUUAUAAAUAAAUUUGACUUGA